GAGCUCACGGCCUGACAUCAAAAAGUAAACAGACUUGUUUUGAUCUGUCAAAACCCAACCAGGCACCUGAGCCGCUGAUGUGACUGAACGGAUCAGUGUCACUGUGUCAAGCUGUGGUGGUCGGGCGGUUUGUUUCCCGGCGAUCACGAGGAUAGGUCCCUGCAGUUGUUUAGUGUCUGGGUUUAAAGAGCAACUCGCUGUUUUUAUAGCGUCACAUAAGCUAACUGGCUAACAGCUGUUAGCCUCCUAACGCUAACGUCCCAAGUUCACAUUAGCUGACGGCUUAGCGGCGUAUUGGCACCUAGCAGGAGGUCGACUGGAGGAUAAAUAUAUGUCACUUUACAGUCUCACGUCUUUAUAAUAGGUCUGUGUGUUAAGCUGAGGUGCGGAAGUAGCUGUGAACGUGACGGUUCAUUGUGAACGGAGCGUGUCCACCGAGCUUUAGCCGCUAACUGCCCUGAUCCUCCUGUUACCUGUGGCAGUAGCAGCGCUGGUGAUGGGGGUGUCAUGGGUCUCUGAAGAGGAUGAGAGAACCUGAGGAUGGUGUCCGCUCCGGAGAGAGAGAGACAAGCGAUGAAGCCUGAACACCAGUGUCUUGCCAUGGCUGAGGAUGGAGAGCUGAGUCCAGUGGGAGGAGGCGCUGGGUCAUCGGGCCGACAGACCUACAGGAGUGCAGCCCAUUUCCGCAGCCUGCUGGACGGCCUGCUGGCUCUCAGGCAGGGGGGCAUCCUGUUCGAUGUGGUGCUGCUGGUGGAGGGUCGACCCAUCCAAGCCCACCGUAUCCUGUUGGCAGCCUCCUGCGACUACUUUAGGGGUAUGUUUGCUCGAGGCCUUCGGGAGUCGCAGCAAAAGGAGAUAGCAAUUCAUGGAGUCUCCUACAUGGCCAUGAAAAAAAUACUUGACUACAUCUACACCUCAGAGAUUGAGUUAGACCUGGAGAGUGUUCAGGAAGUCCUGAACGCUGCCACACUCGUACAGCUUGAGAAUGUCAUCGGCUUCUGCUGUGAUUUCCUCUUCUCCUGGCUGGAUGAGGGCAACAUUUUAGAGGUGCAUCAUCUUGCCGAUCUGUAUGGACUGCAGCAGCUUAACGACCGGGUCCACUCCUACAUCCUCAGGAACAUUCAGACUCUGUCUCGCACCGACGUGUACCGACAGCUCCCCCAAGACAUAGUGUUCAGAGCACUGAGCAGCGACGAGCUUCAGGUGAACAGUGAAAACGAGGUGUACGAGGCGGCUCUGCACUACCACUACAGCCCCGAGCAGGUGGAAACUGACCAGGUGUACUUGCAGGUCAGUCCCAAGGACAAUCUCAGGAUGGUUGAUGCCGUGCGUUUCUGCCUGAUUGAGAAACAAGUAUUGCAGAGACUCUACGGCAGACUGAACCAGUGUCCGCUGAAGGACUUCGUUUCAGCUGCCUUGCAUUACCAUGAGCAGGUGAUCUGGCAGCCCGUCCUGCAGACUCCUCUCACCCAGCCGCGGUCCACCUUCCACUGUAUCCUGGGUUUCGGCGGGAUGUUCACCUCCGGCUCCCUCACAGACAACGAGCACCUGUUUCAGGUGUUCCACCCGAGCUGGGGGGAGUGGAGGGCUCUCACUGCAGCAUCCGCGCCGCGAAUGUCCAACCAGGGCAUCGCUGUGAUCAACAACUUUGUUUAUCUUAUUGGCGGAGACAAGAACACCAGUGGAUUGCGUGCGGAGACCCGCUGCUGGAGAUACGACCCCCGUCACAACACCUGGUGUUCCAUCCAGCCAAUGCAGCAGCAGCACGCUGACCACUGCGUGUGUGUGGUGGGCGACCAUAUCUACGCCAUCGGAGGGCGGGACUACAGUAACGAACUGGACUUAGUGGAGCGCUAUGACCCGCACACCAACAAGUGGGAGUUUGUGUCACCUCUAAAAAGAGAGGUGUAUGCGCAUGCCGGAGCAGUGGCAGUCGGAAAGAUUUAUAUAACCUGUGGCCGCAGAGGUGGGGCUUACCUCAAAGAGACGUACUGCUUUGACCCUGAGGCAAAUCACUGGACGGCGUGUGCGGAGGGGCCGGUGGAGCGGGCCUGGCACGGCAUGGCAGCUGUGAACGGACGCGUUUAUGUCAUAGGGGGAAGCAAUGAUGAGCGUGGAUAUCGGCGUGAUGUCCUGAAGGUUGCAUGCUUUGAGCCCUCUGCCAACUCUUGGUCUUUAAUGACCCCUCUCCCUGCUGGACACGGAGAACCCGGCGUAGCUGUGCUGGACAGUUACAUCUACAUCCUGGGUGGACGCUCUCACGACAAGAGUAACAGAAUGAAAUAUGUUCACGUGUACAACACCAACGCAGACGAGUGGGAGAACGACACCGAGUUUAAGGAGCGUGUCUCGGGCAUGGCAGCCUGCGUGGUGCUCAUGCCCCCUAAUGUGAUCGCUCAGGGCCGGAGCUGGGAGCAGCGCACCAAGGCUUCAUGGGAAGAUGUGGACAACGACAACUCAGAGGACUCUAGUGAGGACUGAAGCAGCUGUGUUGAACUGAAUGUCUGGCCACUGGAGACUGUUGAUGCACUUUUUAAAACAAAUUCAGCAUGGUGAGUGUGAAGUGCUUUGAGGAUGUUGUUGUGGCAGCGGUUAUAACAGCAUCAUGUCCUUUUUGCAUGUUGACCACUUUGAGUGCCUCUGAACCAAAGUGUCAUUCAGGAUCUUUGCACAUUUAUUGUUACAUCUCAGCUACAACUUUAGCCCCUGUUCAGAACUGGAUUAACACCUGUCCUGAGAGAUCCGAUCACUGGUGGACAGGUCUAACACCCAGGCCACACUGGGUGCUGAUCUUAGAAGACUUCAGAUGUAAUAAAUCAACAGAAAAAAACUAACAUGCCUGGAUACGGCUCCUGUGGUGUCCUCCAAGUGUCCGCUUUUGGGCAUCUGAGCUUGUUGAGUACAUGUUGAGUGCAUUUUCAUGUUUCAGUGAACUUUCCCUGUGAAACCAGGUCCGAGGCCCCAUUCAAGACGGGUAUUAACAUGUGCUUUUUGUGAUCAAUCUCAAAUACACCUGUGAACAUACUCAGAUCGGAUAUAGAUCCGAUCCCAUCAGACCACAUUUGGAGUGGUCUGGGCCACAUGUGUUCCCAUUCUUUUGGCAGCGUGAACACGAUUGUGUCUCUUCUCGUCGGUUCGUUUGGGACCUCUGGUUUCCGUCUAUCUCGUAGGACAGGGGCAGCAUCUCGGUCGGUCAGGUUCAGUCACAUGUGGGGCCACAUUAUAAUGCCACGUGUGUACGCACAAACACACACGGAUCAAACAAACCACAUGUUAAUACCAGUAGUAAACAGGGCCUGAAUCCCACUAUGACCAUGAAACCUUGCCCGCUCAAAUGCUAAUGCGACAGUUUUUGGCCGAUCCCUCAAUUUUUCACUGUAGCUGUUUCAGUGUCGUUUGUCAUUGAACCCCUAUCCUCAAAGUAAAGCAGUGUAGACUACUGGCUAUGCAAUAAUAUGGUGGUACAGUAUAUGGAGAGAGGUACAGAGCUUUACAGGCAGCGGGUUACCUGUUGUAAUGUUAUUCUCAAGCUAGUAAAAUUUCUGUGAAGUCAAUUAUUUAAGUACAAUUUAGUUCUCGUUUCCAGCCUAGAGACUGGUUGAUGCUAUGGUUGAGUUAUCAUCACCUCCAAAAUACAGAAUAAUAUUUAAGGCAUUUUAGCACUGUGCCUUUUUUUUCUCUGCUGUAAAACACGAGUCUGUGUUGUGAAGUUUUUAUUUAGAUGUUUACCAGUGUCUGAUUCGAUGGAGAUGAGCCUCAGAUAAUGUGCCUCGGAUGUCAGAGACGUUGAAGUGAUUUUUAACUGGAUGAUGAAGCACUGGUGCUACAGGAUGAAAAGCCCAACUCCUAAUAUGUUGCCACGUCUCAAGGUUAAUUAUAAAUGAAGUCCUUAUGUGUGUGUGAUGUAAACCUAAACAUUAUGAUAAUAGGUUGUUUCUGUUUCUAUUGAUCUUCCUUACUGUGUGUUAUUCCAUGGCAGAAUCUGAAGAGUAGUAGAAUAUUAUAACUUGUUAAUUUUACCUCUGCUCCAAUGUUUCUGUUUGUUGCCUAAGUUCAGGGUUAACAUUAUCAGUGUUAUUAUUAUAGUCAGAUGUGUUAAAUGACACUUUCCUCUCUAUGCACCUUUUGUUUCUGUCACUGAAAAUCCUCCAGGAACAAGUGGAGUCUCAGUUUUGUUUUCUCAUAGGUUCAGAGUUAUGUCUUAAGAAGGAAAACAAUGUGUUGGUACUUGCCAUCACACAAAAAAUGCAAAAUUGGUACUCAAGAUAACGUUUCAAAUUUAAGUAAAGAGCUGAAAUGUGUUUUGAUAUGAAGUCCAGUUGGAUUUUAAUUGGACUGGUUGAGUGAGUUUGUUUAAUUUGUGUAUUACUAUAUUAAACAAGUCCCAACGUGUCAAGGAAUUGAGAGGUUGAAUGGAGAAGCUAAAUGACUCAGCAGGUUGAAUAGCAAAUAGGAAAAAGGGAGAGUGAUUCAUAAUUCAUUCAGUUACUUAUUUCUCCUAUUAAGAUGCAUUUUCAAAUGUUUUUUUAGAUCACGAAAAAUAUUGAAAUAAAUAAGACAAUCAAACCUGA